CCGAAAUGCGUCGAGCGGCCGUUCCCACAUUCAUGCCCUCCACACCCUGACGGGAUGCAUUCUCCACGCUCUGCUGUGGGAGGGCAGCUCAUAGCUCCACACAAUACCUGCUUUAAACCUCAACCCCUCUGUUUUAGCUCAGUCAGCCCGGCCCAGGUGCUCUGUACAGACACAGAACAUUCUCAUAGGGGGUCUGUCACCAGCACAGUGAUCUAAGAUGGCUUUGCUCACAGAGGCCUGUGUCAUUUUAUUCCUGUUCUUUUCUGUUGUGGAAGGGGGCAUUACGCAAAUGAAUACACCACCUCAGGUCUCUAGCUACAACUUGGCAGCAAAGAUCACCAGCACCACCGUCGUGCUUAACCAGCCCUACUGCUACUUUAACGCAGCCCCUCCACUCUGCCAAGUGCAGUGUGACAUCUACAUAGUUCCUGCUGUGGGCCCAGGAAUGGCCAAUUUCAACAGUGACGAGACAAAUGCAAACAUACUGCAACUAUCUCCUUAUCCAACCGCUUUCGCGACAAACUCUUCGAAGAACUACUUCCUGACAAGAGUAGGGAUGCUGAGCAGCUUCCCGUGCGUGGCGUCAAAUACAAUCACGUAUGUGAGAGUGGGAUCGGACGGGAACUGCAGUAGCACAAACUGCAAUGGGGCGUUACCAGCCGGCUCCACAGUGAGUUUUAAGUACGUCCUAAUUAACACAACAAACAACCAGAUCAUUAUGGAUACAAGUUGGUCCAGCGCAGUCACUCUUAAUUCUGUAACAAACCCCGCAACCAUCGAUAAUGGCUUAAGGAGACGUUCUGCUGGAAUGAUUAUCAUCACCGCCAUACUGUGUGUCCUCUUCUUCCUGCUGCUGCUGCUCCUGAUCUUCGCCCUGAUCUUUGGCCGCCGCUUCGCAACAUUCACUGAACGAGAACCUCUACCGGUCCUCGGCUCUUUGCGCGUCAAGAAGUACGAGACUCACAACGUCCACGAACCACAGUCAUAUACAAACACCACCUAUGCAGAUGACGUCAAGAAGUUCAGCACCGAUGACGUACUAACCAGCAAUCAGAAGCCCACUGCCCCUGACCUCCAGGACUCUGUGAAGCUGCAGAGAUAUCAGAAAUUCGUGAAUUAGGUGCAAAACGCUUAGAGUAAAGGAACAGAGGAAAGCGGCGCAGAGCAGUGGCUGGAUGGACCGCGAGCCGCAUGCAUGCGCUCUAAAAGUUGCAGACUUCUCACUGCUAAACCUUCCUAUUUAUUUUGAACAAUGACAAUUUAUUUUCAUGAUUUGUCUGCUCGACCUGUACUAAUCUUAAAUCUACGGAAAACCAUUAAUGAAUCAUAACAGUAAAUUACAGUUCAGUAAUUCAAAUAGUUUAAAAUCAUAGUAAUAUUUUCAAAAACAGGCAGGAAUAAGUUUUACUCUGAUAAUUGUACCGUAAUAAUAAACAUGGGUGUUAAUUGCUACAGUACUUUUUAAAACAUUAUGUAUUUUUUUUUUAUUAUUUUAAAUCAGAUUUAUUUUAUUGCCCAAGAACGACAAACACCUAUAUUUUCCAAACGAUCAACUGACUUUAAGUAAGAAUAGGCUAUUAUAAAACAAACUGAAUAAAUAUUUAUGUGGGGCGGGAAGUGUAUGUGUAUAAAGCAAUAUAGGUGUGCAGGGGCGUAGGAAUCAGGGGCGUGUAUCCCUCCAAUAAUUAAUUUGGCAUCAUCGUCCCCCCAUCCCCAUCCCCCAAAAAUAUAGUUUUACAUUUAAAUUACAUUUCAAUAGAACCGUGUUUCCUGGCCUUCCGUCUGCUGCAGACACCUUCCAUAAGGCAGCGUUUAUCAGCCGCUGCGUGCAACAUUCGCUGUCCUUAAUUCGUGCAUGAAAUUGUAAACAUUGAAUUGCGCGGCGUAUUUUUAAAAUGUGAAUGAAUGGCUCAGUUGCAGCCUGGCCGCUUGAAACGUACAGUAAACGUAGUUGCCGCUGAUGAUGGACAAAGGAAAGCGAUCAGCCCCCCUGCAAAUACAAGUUUAUAGAGAUGCAGGAAGGAGUCACAGAUAUAGGCUAUAGGCCUACUGCAGUCUGCCGUACAUUACCCAAGAGAAACGUUUAUAUGAGAUACCUAAGUAAUGGGUUUUCGCUCCCUACUUCACAUUUUUACCUUGCUCUCCUGCGUCCAGUGCAGUGCUUUUCAUGAAUGAAUAACUGACGUAACUUUGCUUUCACUAAAUGCUUAACAUUGUCUUUUUUUAUAAGGAUGGGAAUGUUUAACGUCUCUGAUGUAGGGCCUACUUAAGGUGUGUGUUUCUUAAAUUACGCGUUCACAUUACGUUGUCCUGGGUUUUUGAUAUAGAGGAAUAUCUAAGGGUUUUGACAUAGCUUUUUGGCUGAAAAGUGAUUUAUUAAACGGUCUUUUUAAAAACGUGUUACUUAACUGAACACGUAUUUAUAAAAUGCAUUUCACUGGUGUCCAAGCAGGUAUUGGGAUCCAGCUGGCAGGCAGUUGUAUUACAAAAUGUGGAAUAAUCUCGUUUCUCAUUUAAUACCUUAAAAGUGACAAGUUGCAUUCACUAGGUGUUGUUAUUUUAAACACCGUCAAGUUCACAUGGGAGCAAAUAUACCGGUAUUGGGAUGUUUUUGUUAUUAUUUCAUGUAAAUGGUGUUAAUGACGUGACCAUAAACAAAAAGCUUAAAAAUUCAGAUAUAGUUCUGUAUUUUAUAAUGCUCAUUGAAACCAAUAAGAUUUAUUUCAUGGUGUUCUACUCUUAUAUCUGCCACAAAUGCUCAUGUUAAGUCUCUGUAAUAAAUAUUCUCAUUAAGUAA